GCCUGAGGCUGAAAUUGACAGUCACCCCUGGCAGGAGAGUGAGCCUGCGGCUUUCUGUCUCCAUCAGACCCCGGCCCCGCAGGAGCAGAUUUCCGUGGCGUUUGACCUCUUAUCUCAGGAACCUGAAGCACAAGGUGUGAGUAGCAUGGUCACGUGCAGGAGCGAUGAGCGGCUCCGGCAACCUCAUGGAUUUUCUGGAUGAGCCAUUCCCCGACGUGGGGACGUACGAGGACUUCCACACCAUCGACUGGCUGAGGGAGAAGUCGCGGGACACCGACAGGCACAGAAAGAUCACCAGCAGAAGCAAGGAGUCCGUGUGGGAGUUCAUCAAGGGCCUGCUGGACGCCUGGUCGGGAUGGGUGGUCAUGCUGCUCAUCGGGCUGCUGGCGGGCACCUUGGCCGGGGUCAUCGACCUGGCCGUGGACUGGAUGACCGACCUGAAGGAGGGCAUCUGCCUGUCCGCCUUCUGGUACAGCCACGAGCAGUGCUGCUGGACCUCCUCCGAGACCACGUUUGAGGACAGGGACAAGUGCCCGCUGUGGCAGAAGUGGUCGGAGCUGCUGGUCAAUCGCUCCGAGGGUGCCAGCGCCUACAUCCUGAACUACCUGCUGUAUGUCCUGUGGGCCUUGCUCUUUGCGUUCUUGGCCGUCUCCCUGGUGCGCGUGUUUGCGCCCUACGCCUGUGGCUCAGGUAUCCCCGAGGUACUUUCAGCUGCGGCUGCUGCCGGGGUCUCCGUUGCGUUUGGUGCUCCGAUUGGCGGUGUGCUUUUCAGCCUGGAGGAGGUCAGUUACUACUUCCCCCUGAAGACCUUGUGGCGGUCCUUCUUCGCGGCCCUGGUGGCGGCCUUCACGCUGCGCUCCAUCAACCCCUUUGGGAACAGCCGCCUCGUUCUCUUCUACGUGGAAUAUCACACGCCCUGGUACAUGGCCGAGCUCUUCCCCUUCAUCCUGCUGGGCGUCUUCGGGGGCCUGUGGGGCACCCUCUUCAUCCGCUGCAACAUCGCCUGGUGCCGGAGGCGCAAAACCACCCGGCUGGGCAAGUACCCGGUGCUGGAGGUCAUCGUGGUGACCGCCAUCACCGCCAUCGUCGCCUACCCCAACCCCUACACGCGCCAGAGCACGAGCGAGCUCAUUUCCGAGCUGUUCAAUGACUGCGGGGCCCUCGAGUCCUCCCAGCUCUGCGACUACAUCAACGACCCCAACAUGACCCGGCCCGUGGAUGACAUUCCCGACCGGCCGGCCGGGCGCGGGGUGUACACGGCCAUCUGGCAGCUGGCCCUGGCGCUGGUCUUCAAGAUCGUCAUCACCAUCUUUACCUUCGGCAUGAAGAUCCCGUCCGGCCUCUUCAUCCCCAGCAUGGCCGUGGGGGCCAUGGCGGGCAGGAUGGUGGGCAUUGGCGUGGAGCAGCUGGCGUACCAUCACCACGACUGGAUCAUCUUCAGGAACUGGUGCAGGCCUGGAGCGGACUGCGUCACCCCGGGACUCUACGCCAUGGUGGGAGCAGCGGCCUGCCUAGGUGGCGUGACCAGGAUGACGGUGUCAUUGGUGGUCAUCAUGUUUGAAUUGACGGGGGGUCUGGAGUACAUUGUCCCCCUGAUGGCGGCGGCCGUGACCAGCAAGUGGGUGGCCGACGCCUUUGGGAAGGAAGGCAUCUAUGAGGCCCACAUCCACCUCAACGGGUACCCGUUCCUGGACGUGAAGGAUGAGUUCACGCACCGCACGCUGGCCACCGACGUCAUGCGGCCGCGGCGCGGGGAGCCCCCGCUGUCCGUGCUCACCCAGGACAGCAUGACCGUGGAGGACGUGGAGACGCUCAUCAAAGAGACCGACUACAACGGCUUCCCCGUGGUGGUGUCCCGGGACUCCGAGCGCCUCAUUGGAUUCGCCCAGAGGAGGGAACUGAUUCUCGCCAUAAAGAACGCCAGGCAGAGGCAGGAGGGCAUCGUGAGCAACUCCAUCAUGUACUUCACGGAGGACCCCCCCGAGCUGCCGGCCAACAGCCCGCAACCCCUGAAGCUGCGCCGGGUCCUGAACCUCAGCCCUUUCACGGUCACGGACCACACCCCCAUGGAGACGGUGGUGGACAUCUUCCGGAAGCUGGGGCUCCGCCAGUGCCUGGUGACGCGGAGCGGGAGACUUCUUGGCAUCAUCACAAAAAAGGAUGUUCUGAGACAUAUGGCCCAGAUGGCAAACCAGGACCCUGAAUCCAUCAUGUUUAAUUAGAAACAAGAUGGCAGUCGUUUUGAGAAAAACACAACUGUGUCAUUUUAAAAGAAGUAAACAAGUGAUAUGUUAUUAUCCUAAUGAAUGACCCAGAAGCUUUGUUUGAAAGGAAGGGAAGAAGGAUGAAACGUUUGUUAAAAAAAUACACCAAUGAGUAGGCAUUUUAUAGCUUUAACUCCUUAUGAGUUUCAAAUUGUGUUUGUUAAUGAAUUUACUAACUGCUACGGGGGCAGGUGGGUGGGUGUGAACGAUGGAACACAAAUGCCGAAUCAUGAAAUGUUUGCCCUUCUGUUCAAGGCUGGUGUUUCUGAAGCUUUGAGUCCAAAAGGCAGAGGGGUAUCGGGGUGCCAGUGCCCUAAUUCAUUGGUUCCUGGAGUUUUGCUGCUAUGUUACUGAGUUGGACUAAAUGUAUUUGCACUUACUUUGUUGGAAAAGGAAAAGAAUUUAAGUGUGAACAUAGUGAAAGCUGCAAGUAUGGGGUCACGCAUGAACAUCCCCUUUAUUGCUCCUGUUCUCAGUCUCAUUUGCUUAGCCAUCAGUUUCUAAACCAACAUCAGGAUCACGUGUUAUGAUGA